AUGAAGGGGAUUCUCCAGAGUGGGGCGUCGGAGCCUGGCCUGCUGGCCCUGCUGCUGGCCGCGCCCGCCGCCGGGCCCCCCCGGCCCAAGGGCAACCGGACGCAGGGCGCGGCCCGCCGGCCGCCCCGCCCGCCCAAGGAGCUGAACCAGACGCUGGCCGGGCCUGGGGCUGCGGCGGCGCCCGGGGCGGCGAGCGGGGGCGGUGGCGGGACGGCCCCGGGCCCGGCGUACGAGACGUGCUGGGGCUACUACGACGUGAGCGGGCAGUGGGACAAGGAGUUCGAGUGCAACAACAGCCAGAGCGGGUUCCGCUACUGCUGCGGCACCUGCUACUACCGCUUCUGCUGCAACAAGCGCGCCGAGAAGCUCGACCAGGGCCAGUGCCGCAACUACCAGAGCCCCGGCUGGAUCACCACGCCCGGCCUGCGCCCCGCGCCGCCCGACGGCAGCCAGCCCGACAAGUACGACCCGGCCAAGGACAGCACCAACGCCACGGUCUACAUCUCCUGCGGCGCCGUGGCCUUCGUGCUGGUGGCCGGCGUCUUUGCCAAGGUGGCCUACGACAAGGCGCGGCGCCCGCCUCGGGAGAUGAACAUCCACAGGGCUCUGGCAGACAUCCUAAGGCAGCAGGGACCAAUCCCAAUAGCACACUGUGAAAGAGAGACUAUCUCGGCCAUAGAUACCCCUCCCAAAGAAAACACGCCUGUCCGAACAUCCUCCAAAAACCACUACACCCCUGUGCGCACCUCUAAAAGCAACCCAGGUCACUAUGGGAAGGAUAUUUAUCGAAGUGGAGGGCCAGAUCUCCAUAAUUUCAUCUCCUCCGGAUUUGUCACAUUAGGAAGAGGACACGUGAAGGAUGACCAAGAACAAAAUUAUAACCACCUGAUACUAAACAGUGCAACCCAGACACCUACAAAUGAAAAACCACGGAUGAACAAUAUCCUCACUUCCGCCACGGAGCCCUAUGAUCUCUCCUUUUCCAGGUCCUUCCAGAACCUCUCCCAUCUCCCGCCAUCCUACGAGGCUGCCAUCAAGACUAACCCAACUGACAAAGAAGCUGAUGAAUAUUACAUGAAGAGGAGACACCUUCCUGAUCUGGCAGCACGAGGGACCCUCCCUCUCAAUGUCAUCCAAAUGUCUCAGAAACAGACCAACCACAGAGAACGGCCCCGCCGACCCAUACGGGCUAUGUCCCAGGACAGGGUACUGUCCCCUGAGAGGGUCAUGCCCGAGGAGUUCAGCAUGUCCUAUGAACGGAUCCUCUCUGAUGAACAGCUUCUGUCCGCAGAGCGCCUCCAUUCCCAAGACCCCCUGCUCUCCCCAGAGCGCACAGGUUUCGCAGACCAGUCCAUGUCGCGUGCAUUGUCGCACACAGACGUCUUUGUUUCUACGCCUGUCUUGGAUCGCUACAGAAUGACAAAGAUGCACUCCCAUCCCAGUGCCUCAAAUAACUUGUACAACACUUUAUGUAUGAACCCAACUUCCGCCAAGCGCCAAGCAUUCGCCUCCCGACGGCACAAUACAGUGGAACAACUGCAUUAUAUCCCAGGACACCAUCACCAUUACCGCACAGCGAGCAAAACAGAGGUGACUGUUUGAUAUGACACUGUGCAUUGUAGAUAAUCAGUAAGGACUGGUGUGACCCCAGCACCCCAAACUGCAGUGGCCUUACAGGCCAAGAUAACCUCUAACUGAGUGUCUGAAAAGACUUUUCCGACAGUCAUAUCUGCAUUGUUUUUAAAACCAUUCUCAUGUUGUUGACAUAAGAAGAAAAAAUGAGCAAUUGGAGAGAAUCCCCAACACGCGCCAGUUUCUGUCAAAGAAAGCCAUAGCAGUAGGUGGCAUCUUCCAAGGGCUUAUCUGCUGUAACUCAUUCGGUUUUAUGAAUUUAGGACUUUUAAACUUCAAUUGCUCCAAGUCUCACAGAGCCCAUGGUAGGUUUGCAGCAUCCUAGCCUGGCAGGAUGGGGCCAUGUCACCAUUUCUCACACCAGCCCUUUUGGCCAGUACUGAAUUUUUCAGUGACUACUUAUAUUGCUCUUAGCUGCUAAUAGUCACAGUCAAGCAUUAGAUGCUAGGAUGUCCCCCAGAUAGCUGUUGUUCUUCCUGAUUUAAAAGUCAAAGCUUACUAGGGGACUGUCAGAUCUAGUGACACAAUUAGCCUAGCUGAUAAAUGAAGUCUUGUUUCUAUUAAAUAUACUCAUAAAACAGAAAUAUAAUAGUGCCUACAAAUCGCCUGCUCUCUCAGUGUAGGAAAUAGUGGGGUUGACGUGUCAAUAAGCACAGUUAUGCUGAAAUGCUCGUUAGGCCCUUUCUGCACUCAUCCUAAUUUCUGCAGUCUGUAAAUAGAAAACGGGUGGGAUUUCAUUGGUUCAGCUUCUUGCCAACAUGAUGCCAAAGGCACCAAAACUCACCAUCAUUCCAUUGCUAAAAAGCACUUUGGGUGAAACACUGGCUCUGUUGAAAUGGUAAAACUCCUAUUGACUUCAGUGGAGCCACGGUUUCACCAUCCUAUUAACAUCUCAUCCCAGUCCAAUUCUUCAGCUCUGUUUCUGAGCCUAAUUAUUCCUCUCAGUGACAACUGAGGACUCACCAUUUCAGAGGAAUGGCAAACCCUCUGCUAAAUCUGUUUGAACAGAGACAGACAGAAAAGUUUGUUUAUUAACCCAAAUCUAGAUGGAUAUUUUCCAGUCAUCGUCUGAGCAGACAGUUACAUUUCAUGUGCAUAAAUUAUAUAUCCAACAUAAUUAUACUAACUGGGCAUGUUGUAUAUCUGAUGUAUAAUACUGAUUAGAUACAGAGUAUUUGUAAAUUCUUUAAAAAAUAGACUCAUGGGUCCAAAAUUUGUGAAGUGUUUUGUAUCUCAGCCUGUAUUUACAUUCUGUAGAACUAAUUCAAACUAUCAGAGGGGUAGCCAUGUUAGUCUGGAUCUGUAAAAGCAGCAAAGAAUCCUGUGGCACC